AUGGAGCACGAGGUGUGGAGUCAGGUGCAGGAGGAGCUUGAGGCGCUGUCGGUGAUUGCAGCACCAGGGGAGCUGGAAUAUGAUCAGGAAGCGCUGCAAGCGCUGCAUGGAGCAGCCGGGGCAGCCUCGGGAGCCGCACUCGUGGUGGAGCUGCACGUCUCCGGAACCGUGUCCGGAUUUCGAGCCUCUGCCAUUGCUAGUCUCACACCCACUUACCCGGCCCACUUGCCAGAAAUCACGCUCCGCUGCACGGGCCACAGUCGGGCGCAGCUAGAAGCCCACGGGGCCACACUACGCGACUUUCUGCAGCCCCUGGCCGGCGACGUUGUCCUCUUCUCAGUAUACCAGUGGCUCCAAGAGCAAAUCCCGGAUUGGGAGAGCGACUUUGAAGCCCACCGCGCUGGAGUAGCCUCAAACACCUCAAACCCCAAUGUCUCAGCACCCGAUGGAGUCAACGCGCCGGCCUCGCACGUUUUUAUGCGCCAGUACAUUUACUUUCACCACAUUUACAAUACGUCCAAACGACGCGACAUUGUGGGCUGGGCCGAUGAAUUACGCCUCUGUGGCUUUAGUGUUAUUGGCAAGCCCGGUCUGGUGUGCGUUGAGGGGCCUGAGGCUGCCGUCACCGACUACGUCAGUCGAUUGCGCCGGCUCCCGUGGCAGAAAAUGCAAGUCAAAGUGACCGAUCGCGUCGAGGGCCUGGGUGGCCCGGACGAGGUGGCCGCUUGCUGCGCCUUUCCCCUUCUCAACGAGCUGCAUACCGACACACAUGGCAACCGAGGCAACCACGCCAACAUGGGCGAGGUGCGCGCUUUUCUGGCCCAGCACGGGCAGGAGCAUGUCUUCACCGACCUCUUUGGGCUGGCCGCCCCGUAG